AUGUUGGACGUACUCCUCUCCAUACCAAUUUUAUCCUACAUCUUUGCUCCCACCAGUGGAGCGUCCUUGUCCACGUCGGUGAAUAUCAUAUUCUUCUACAUGACAUGGACCAGCCUGGUCUUUUCUCAUCCGGCUCUCGAAUUGCACGUAUCCGGCGUUUUGGUCAUACGCGUCAUCUUCUGGCUCAUCCCGUCGCUUGUAUUCCUGUUGUUUGAUGUCGGCGUGCCCAGUCUGGCCGCGGGAGUCAAGCAUGGCGGACGCAGCUCCUUGCCCACACGAGAUGCGCGCAAGCUGGGAAAGAUGCUGGGUCUGGCCGUGCUGAAUAUUCUCAUCUGCCUGGCGUUUGAGGCGGGAACCAGCACCCUGUACACGAUGCUCUUCAGGAAACACAUCUUCAAGAUGAACACGACGCUGCCGCUGCCCUGGACGGUUUUCAAGCACUGUGCCUUUAUACUGACCGCUCGUGAGGUGCUCAACUUUUAUAUCCACGGAUACGUGCUGCACGGUUCCUCUUGGCUGGCAAAGAAGCAUAUCGCAUAUGCUCACGCCAAUGCCGGCGCCCCGUUUAGUUUGCAGGUAUUCACCGAUUAUCCCGUAGCAAUGGUCUUGCAUCGGUUUUUGCCGGCAUUUCUCCCGUCAGUGCUCAUUCGGACACACUUGCUCACAUACUUCUUGGUCCUCAUCAUCACCACCAUUGAAGAGACGCUAUCCAUGUCUGGGUACACGGCGGUACCGGGCAUCGUCAUGAGUGGCAUCACACAACGGACAGCAAUUCACUACGCGAGUAAAGGCUCUUCAAACUAUGGCGCGUACGGUAUUAUGGACUGGGCGCAUGGAACCAGCCAGGGUCGCGGCAUUUUAGAAGAUGUGCGGAACGAAGCUGAAAAGCAUCACGUUCCAGAGAAAUCUGCCGCCAAGGUAGAUGAAGGAUCGAGUGUCGUGCAGGAUGGUGUGGACUCGCUAAAGCAGCGAUUGCGAUCAAAAUAA